AUGUCCUCUCCGCGGCAGGUUUACCUGCUCCCUUUGAAAGAUGAUGGCUCUCCUGAUGUGCCUGGGGGAUACAUAUAUCUCCCACCGCCCAGUGAUCCUGCAUAUCUAUUACGCUUCGUGAUUGAGGGCAGCAGUUCGAUUUGCAGGGAGGGAACACUAUGGGUGAACAUCCCAGAGAGUGGCAAGCCAUUCGAUCGCUUGGUAUUUCGGAGCUUCAGAUUGGAGCCAGAUUUCAACAAGAACAUCCAGAUCGAUAUUCCUAUUACCUGCCCUGGAUCCUUUUCAUUCUAUACCACAUUCUCACCCCUGCCUCAAUUCUCUGUCGACCCUGUUCCGGCCCCUGAACCAGCAAGGACGCCUACUUACUACGUCGAUGUCGCACCGAGGUUGACCCUUCGUGGUAAAGAUUUGCCUCUCAAUGCGCUCUCUAUAUUCUCCGUGUUGUCCAAAUUCAUGGGCAAAUAUCCCGCCGAUUGGAACAGACAUCUGAAUGGCAUCAGUCAGCGCAACUACAAUAUGGUGCACUUUACACCGUUGAUGGAGCGCGGAGCCUCAAACUCCCCGUAUAGUAUCUUUGACCAGUUGCACUUCGACAAAGCUGCUUUUCCCAACGGGGAGGCAGAUAUUGCACAAAUGGUCUCGAAAAUGGAGAAUGAAUACGGGCUUUUGUCAUUGACCGAUGUUGUGUGGAAUCACACUGCUCAUAAUAGCAAGUGGCUCGAGGAACAUCCAGAGGCUGGUUAUAGCGUGGAGACUGCACCAUGGCUUGAGGCAGCUUUAGAACUAGACACCGCUCUAUUGAAAUUCGGCCGGGACCUUGAGAAACUAGGCUUGCCCACUGAAUUCAAGACCGUGAAUGACUUGUUGACAGUCAUGAACGCAUUACGAGAGAAGGUGAUCAGCGGCAUCCGACUCUGGGAGUACUAUGUUGUUGAUGUCAAAGCCGACACUGGGGAGAUCCUAGAAAACUGGAAAGCUGCUGGGUUGAAAGAUCCCGCAUCUGAGAAAUAUGCGCAACUGGAUAUCAACGGAUUCAAAGAUUGGCCUUUGAAGAAGCAGGCAGAUCUCAUACGUCAACGUGCCAUUCCUACGAUCAAGCAGGUUUUGGGACGGUUCAGCAGAGCGGUUGACUCCGAAUUCGGAUCUCUCAUCUUGACUGCUCUCUUCGGAAAAUAUGACUCUUCGAACUCUGAUAUUGCCUUGGUUGAGAAGGCGCUGGCAACGAUACUGGAUGAGGUCAAUCUGCCAUUUUACGAGGAGUACAAUACAGAUGUAUCUGAAAUUAUGAAUCAGCUAUUUAACCGAAUCAAGUACCUCAGGAUUGACGAUCAUGGUCCGAAGCUUGGGCCUGUCACGGACGAAAAUCCUUUGAUUGAAUCUUACUUCACCAGGCUACCUCUCAAUGAUAUCACAAAGAAGCAUAGCCCCAAAGCACUAGCCCUUGUGAACAACGGCUGGAUCUGGAAUGCGGAUGCUAUGCGGGAUAAUGCUGGCCCUGAUUCAAGAGCCUAUUUGCGCCGCGAAGUCAUUGUUUGGGGCGAUUGUGUCAAGCUCAGAUAUGGCUCAUCUCCCGAGGACAAUCCUUUCCUUUGGGACUAUAUGACCAAGUACACCCGCCUCAUGGCCAAAUACUUCUCCGGCUUCCGGAUCGAUAACUGCCACUCAACACCGCUGGCAGUUGCAGAAUAUUUAUUGGAUGAGGCGCGCAAAGUCCGACCAAAUCUUACAGUCUUUGCCGAGCUUUUUACGGGAUCCGAAGAAGCGGACUAUAUCUUUGUUAAGCGUCUCGGUAUAAAUGCUCUGAUUCGGGAGGCUAUGCAAGCCUGGAGUACCGGGGAGCUGAGUCGGUUGGUCCAUCGUCAUGGCGGCCGUCCCAUAGGCAGUUUCGAUGUUGAGUUGCCUUCAGCGGGAAGCAGUCAUGCGAUUGCUUCCGCCGGGGUCCACCGAAAUCAAGAAAAGAUCUCUCAUAUCCGGCCCUGUCCUGUUCAAGCGCUUUUCAUGGACUGUACACAUGAUAACGAAACACCAGCACAGAAACGUGAUGCAAGAGACACAUUACCGAAUGCUGCUCUGGUUUCAAUGUGCGCCUCCGCCGUCGGAAGCGUCAUGGGCUAUGACGAGAUAUAUCCCAAACUUGUGGACCUUGUUCACGAAAAGCGGCUAUACUUUUCGGAGUUCUCGGAAUCGGCCGAGGUUCAUCGUGACUGUGAAAGCGGCGGAAUUGGGGGUGUCAAGAAGCUGUUGAAUGAACUUCACACGAUGAUGGGAGUGGAGGGAUAUGAUGAAACGCAUAUUCACCAUGACGGAGAAUACAUCACCGUUCACAGAGUGCAUCCCAGAACGCGCAGAGGAAUUUUCUUGAUCGCUCACACUGCUUUUCCGGGGCAUAGUAGCAAUGCCGUUCUUACGCCCACUCAUCUCGUUGGAACACAGGCCAAGCAUAUAGGAACCUGGAACUUGAAAGUGGACUCGAGCGAUAGCAUCAAAGCAGAGAUCCUAGCGGAUAAGGAUCACCUGCGAGGGCUGCCUAGUCGGAUUCGAAAAUUUGAAGGCACAAAGGCCGAGCAGCAAGGCAAUGACAUCAUUAUUUCAGUUCUCGAUACGUUCGCUCCGGGAUCUAUUGCGCUCUUUGAGACAUCUAUCGCGAAGGCUGAACACGCUGCAGGGUUGGAAAACCACAUCACUCAGGGAGCAGAUGAAGCAUUUGCAGAUCUUAGUCUGAUCGAUCUCAAUUUCGUCCUUUACCGCUGCGAGGCGGAAGAAAGGGAUUCGAGCGGAGGCCAGGACGGAGUCUACAACGUCCCCAACCAUGGUCCGUUGGUCUACGCCGGUCUUCAGGGAUGGUGGAGCAUUCUGGAAGAUAUCAUCAAGUACAACGCACUAGGCCAUCCUCUUUGCGAUCAUCUCCGUCAAGGCCAGUGGGCUCUCGAUUUCAUCGUCGGACGCAUGGAAACAGCGGCAAAGAAGGAAGGAUACACUUCAAUGGAGAAGCCUGCUAAAUGGUUGCAAGAGAAGUUUCAGGCGGUCCGAGAUCUACCAAGCUUUCUGUUACCGAGAUACUUCGGUAUCAUUGUCCAGGUGGCAUACAAUGCUGCUUGGAAGCGUGGCAUUCAGUUGCUGGGAUCCAAUGUACGACAGGGACAGGAAUUCAUCCAUCAACUGGGCAUGGUCAGUGUGCAGGUAACUGGAUAUGUCAAAUCCGCAUCUUUGUGGCCUACAAAGACCGUUCCCAGUCUUGCGGCUGGUCUUCCGCACUUUGCAGUGGAUUGGGCGAGAUGCUGGGGCCGUGACAUCUUCAUAUCCCUUCGAGGCCUCUUGCUCUGCACCGGCCGCUUUGAUGACGCCAAAGAGCAUAUCCUUGCGUUUGCUAGUGUGCUCAAGCACGGCAUGAUCCCCAACCUCCUAAGUAGUGGCAAACUACCGCGGUACAAUUCUCGAGACUCCGUGUGGUUCUUCCUUCAGGCCAUUCAGGACUACACAAAGAUGUCACCCGACGGCAUCGAAAUCCUGAACGAGAAGGUUGCCAGACGAUUCUUGCCUUAUGACGAUACCUGGUUUGCGUUUGAUGAUCCCAGGGCAUAUUCAAAGAACUCAACUAUAUCGGAGGUUAUUCAAGAAGUGUUCCAGCGACACGCGCAAGGAUUGUCAUUCCGAGAGCACAACGCAGGGCCUAAUCUUGACAUGCAAAUGAAGCCGGAAGGCUUCCAGAUCGAUGUCAAAGUCGAUUGGGAGACGGGAAUAAUCUUCGGUGGUAGUCAGCACAACUGCGGUACGUGGCAAGACAAGAUGGGAGAAAGCGAGAAGGCCGGGAACAAAGGCGUGCCUGGUACACCUCGCGAUGGUGCCGCGAUCGAGAUCACUGGACUGCUCUAUAGCGCUUUGACUUGGAUUGCCGGCCUGCAUGAGCGCGGACUCUACCCACACGACAAGGUUGACAUUGCGGAAGGGAGGUCAAUUACUUUCAAGGAAUGGGCGGCGAAGAUCAAGCAGAACUUCGAACGCUGCUAUUACGUCCCAGAAAAUUCCGAGGAAGACGGCCAGUACGAUAUUGACCCCAGCAUUGUCAAUCGCCGGGGUAUCUAUAAGGAUCUCUACAGAUCCGGCAAGCCGUAUGAAGACUAUCAGCUCCGCGCCAAUUUCCCCAUUGCCAUGACCGUUUCUCCAGACCUUUUCACACCGUCAAAAGCGUUGGGCGCUCUGGCUCUUGCAGACUCGGUCAUUGUCGGCCCCAUCGGCGUCGCUACUCUGGAUCCAUCCGAUCUCAACUACCAUCCCAAUUACUACAACUCGGAAGACUCAGAGAACUUCGCAACCGCCAAGGGUAGGAACUACCACCAGGGACCCGAAUGGGUCUGGCAGCGGGGAUUCUUCCUUCGUGCUUUCCUGCACUUUGACCUUGCGCGCCGGAAGACAGCAGAGGAACGGACUGAGGCGUAUCAACAAGUCACUCGACGCCUAGAGGGUUGCAAGCGCGCGCUGAGAGAGAGCCCAUGGAAGGGACUCACAGAGCUUACAAACAAGAAUGGGGCUCAUUGUGCAGACUCUGCCUGGUGCACCUUGAGAGCCAUGUCUCUCACAGAGUCCGCUGCGACGGCUCUGGCAACGGUCGCAGCAGCAACGGCAGUUGAGACCGGGGACCAUGGGCGGAAAUGGACGGAUCAGACGAAGAACCAGCGGGAUAUAUACACGCAGCUUGUUAUAAGUCUUGCGCUAGGGCUCAGCGCAUUCAUGUCCUUUUGUAUUUUACGACCGAAGUGGAGGGAGCUGUAUGCUGCGCGGAGACGACACCGCUGCGCCGCUUCUCACUUACCCGAACUCCCUGACACCUUCUUUGGCUGGAUACCGGUUCUGUUUCGGAUAACGGAGGAGCAAGUACUCGAUUCUGCGGGGCUGGAUGCAUUCGUCUUUCUCUCGUUCUUCAAAUUUGCAAUCCGGUUCCUUAGCGCUGUCUUCGUAUUCGCAGUCAUUAUUAUCGGCCCUAUUCAUUUCAAAUAUACCGGCAAAUAUGGGAUACCGGGUUGGGAUCAUGAAGAUGGCGACGACGGGAAGGAAGGGAAAAAGAAGCUGAUUUCGGACCCGAACUAUUUGUGGAUGUAUGUGGUCUUUGCAUAUAUCUUCAGUGGUCUGGCGAUAUACAUGCUUCUCCAGGAGACGAACAAGAUCAUCAGUAUCCGACAAAAGUAUCUUGGCAGUCAGACCAGUACAACAGAUCGGACUAUCCGUCUUUCAGGCAUACCCAAGGAAUUGGCGUCUGAAGAGAAGAUCAAGGACUUUAUGGAAGGUUUGCGCGUUGGAAAAGUGGAGAGCGUCACUUUGUGCCGCGACUGGCGCGAGCUUGAUCGCCUGAUUGACGAACGCUUAAAGAUCUUGCGGAAUUUAGAAUGGGCCUGGACCAAACACCUGGGGUAUAAACGACCGAAAACUUCCGGAAACUCGAUUUCUUUGAUGCGCCAGCAACCUCAAGGUUCCAGUCUGCUGUCGGAUGGAGAUAGCGAGCGGACUCAGCUUCUUUCGGAAAGUGGAAGGGAACAUAUCUCUGAACAUGUUCAGAAGCGACCAACGAUCCGACUUUGGUACGGGCCGCUGAAGUUGAGGUACCGUAGUGUCGACGCGAUUGAUUACUACGAGGAAAAGCUUCGACGGAUAGACGAGAAGAUCCAGGCUGCUCGUGAAAAGGAAUACCCGCCCACGGAGAUGGCUUUCGUGACAAUGGAAUCUAUCGCUUCCUCUCAGAUGGUCGUUCAAGCGAUUCUUGAUCCGCAUCCUAUGCAACUGUUCGCAAGGCUGGCACCAGCUCCAGCGGAUGUUGUGUGGAAGAACACAUAUGUUCCUCGCUCCAGACGGAUGAUGCAGUCAUGGUUCAUUACAGGGGUCAUUGGCUUUCUGACUGUUUUCUGGUCGGUGCUUUUGAUUCCCGUCGCUUAUCUGCUUGAACUCGAGACCUUGCACAAGGUGUUUCCUCAACUUGCUGACGCUCUGGCUCGAAACCCUAUCGCGAGUUCGCUUGUGCAGACAGGUCUUCCAACCUUGGUCCUCUCGCUGUUGACGGUUGCCGUCCCUUACCUGUACAAUUGGCUUUCGAACCAACAGGGCAUGAUGUCGCGGGGCGAUAUUGAGCUCUCUGUCAUAUCGAAGAACUUCUUCUUCUCAUUCUUCAACCUCUUCCUUAUUUUCACUGUUUUCGGUACUGCGACAACCUUUUACCAGUUUUGGGAAAUACUUCGAGACGCUUUCAAGGAUGCAACCGCCAUCGCAUUUGCCUUGGCCAAGUCUCUUGAGUCUUUCGCACCUUUUUACAUCAACCUGAUCGUUCUACAAGGUCUGGGGCUAUUUCCCUUCCGGCUCCUGGAGUUCGGAAGUGUUGCAAUGUACCCCAUCAACUUCCUCAGUGCCAAAACACCGCGUGAUUAUGCUGAGCUGCAAACGCCCCCGACAUUCAGCUAUGGGUACUCCAUUCCGCAGACAAUCCUCAUUUUGAUCAUUUGCGUGGUGUAUAGUGUUUUCCCAAGGUCUUGGCUGAUCUGCCUUUUCGGGCUGGUUUACUUUACUAUCGGCAAGUUCAUUUACAAAUACCAGCUACUGUAUGCUAUGGAUCACCAGCAACAUUCUACCGGACGAGCUUGGCCGAUGAUCUGCAGUCGAGUGUUUUUGGGCUUGAUUGUCUUCCAGCUGGCCGUGAUUGGCGUACUCGCUCUGCGCAGAGCAAUAACUCGGUCGUUGUUGCUCUUGCCCCUUCUUGGGGUCACUCUCUGGUUCAGCUACUUUUUCGCGCAGCACUACGAACCCUUGAUGAAGUUUAUUGCAUUGAAGAGCAUCGAUCGCGACCGUCCUGGGGGUGGCGAUAUCUCCCCUUCCCCGUCGUCAACCUUCUCGCCUCCUUCUGGUCUUGACCGUGACGCCCUUCCUAUACAGAUCGGUGGGCAACAGCUUGGCCUGAGGUUGAAGAAGUAUGUGAAUCCGAGUCUCAUUUUACCUCUGCAUGAAGCGUGGCUUCCAGGACACUCUUCAGCUCGUGGAUAUCAGGGAGUUUUUGAGGCGCAUGAGCCACCUAACGACAAUGGCUCCGCGGUCUAA